AUGGCUCUCUCCAAUUCAAGAUUAUAUCAUCCUCAAGCUCAAAGAAUUCAUUUUAUAUCCUCUCAAGUUUUCAUCUUCUUCCUGUUGCUAAUCUCCCAGGCAAAGUCAGUUUCUUUCAACUUCACCAGUUUCCAGCCCAACACACAAAAUAUAGACUACCAAGGCGACGCCUUCCCGUCGAAUGGGGUUAUUCAGGUCACAAAGAAUCAACGUGAUGAAAACCUCACUGGUAGUGUUGGCCGGGCUUCAUAUUCGGAACCUGUUCGUCUUUGGGAUGCCAGCACAGGAAGGCUUACAGACUUCACAACUCAUUUCUCCUUUAUCAUCAGAGCAGUUGAUUUAUCUUUGUUUGGUGAUGGGCUUUCCUUCUUCCUUGCACCCUUUGACUCUGACAUCCCUCUUAAUUCCAGCGGCGGCUACCUCGCACUAUUUAGUGCUGAGUCUGCUUUCAAUGCUUCCAGAAAUCAAAUUGUUGCAGUUGAGUUUGACAGUUUCCAAAAUUCAUGGGAUCCAAGUCCGAAUCAUGUGGGAAUUGAUAUCAACUCCAUUGUCUCUGUGGCAAAUGUCACAUGGAAAAGUAGCAUGAAGAAUGGAUCAGUAGCAAAUGCUUGGGUAAGUUAUAAUUCUACUACCCAAAAUUUAAGCGUCUUUCUAACUUAUGCUAAUAAUCCAGUAUUCAGUAGAAACUCUAGCCUCUCAUAUAUUGUUGAUUUGAGGAAAGUUCUGCCAGAAGUGGUUAGAGUCGGGUUUUCAGCUUCAACAGGCCUCUGGGUUGAAAUUCAUAACAUUCUUUCUUGGGAUUUUAGCUCGACUUUGGAGAUUGGUGACGGUGAUGGGAAGAAAAAGACAGGAUUAGUGGUUGGUCUUGUUUUGGGAAUUGGUGUCUUCACUUGUGGAUUGGGUCUAUUUUGGUUUGUAAGGUGGAGAAAGAGGGCUAAUGAGAGAGAAGAAGAUAUGACCUUUGAUGUCUCUAUGGAUGAUGAAUUUGAAAAAGGAACUGGGCCAAAGAGGUUCACGUAUCGUGAGCUGAGUCAUGCAACGAAGAACUUUGUUGAGGAAGGGAAGCUUGGAGAGGGAGGGUUUGGAGGAGUUUACAAGGGCGUGUUAAGCGAUUCCGGUGCAGAAGUCGCUGUUAAGAGAGUCUCAAGAGGAUCAAAGCAAGGGAAGAAGGAGUAUAUAUCAGAAGUGAAGAUAAUUAGUCGAUUGAGACAUAGGAAUUUGGUUCAGCUCAUUGGUUGGUGCCAUGAGCAGGGUGAAUUCCUUCUCAUCUAUGAGUUCAUGCCCAAUGGAAGCCUUGACUCGCAUUUGUUUGGAGGAAAGAGCAUGCUAACAUGGACAGUUAGGUACAAAAUAGCCCUUGGCUUGGCCUCUGCAUUGCUCUAUCUUCACGAAGAGUGGGAGCAGUGUGUGGUGCAUAGAGACAUCAAGUCGAGCAACGUCAUGUUGGAUUCAAACUUCAAUGCGAAGCUUGGAGAUUUCGGUCUUGCCAGGUUUGCAGACCAUCAGUUGGGCUUACAAACAACUGUUUUGGCUGGCACCAUGGGCUACCUAGCCCCGGAGUGUGUUACCACUGGUAAAGCCAGCAAGGAAUCCGAUGUCUACAGCUUUGGGGUUGUAGCCCUUGAAAUCUCAUGUGGAAGAAGACCAGUUGAACCAACUGCAGAACCUAACAGAGUCAGACUGGUGGAAUGGGUAUGGGGACUCUACGGAAAAGGGCAACUCCUUGAGGCUGCCGAUGCAAAAAUGGGUAUCGAAUUUGAUGAGCAGCAGAUAGAAUGCUUGAUGGUAGUUGGAUUAUGGUGUUGCCAUCCUGAUCACACUCUCAGGCCAUCCAUUAGGCAAGUAAUAAAUGUUCUAAAUUUUGAAGCUCCAUUACCUAACCUUCCAUCAAAAUUGCCAGUUCCUAUGUACUUCGCCCCUCCGAUGCACGCAUACAUGUUCUCGUACACAUCAUCUGCAGGUCUAACAGACUUGGAGGGAGGUCAGAUUCAGUGUUCAUCCAACAGUUGCACUACUUCCUCAUCUUCAACAGCAGGCUCUUCUAUAGCUCUCUUACAUUCACAAAAAACUGAUGUUUAG